AUGACCACGAAGACCUUGGAAAGCCGCUUCGAACAUCUAUCAGUCAAGGAUGAGAAUGUAUCAACCAACAGCUGUGGAACCUAUGCGAAGAAUAAAGGCUCUCUGUCAACAGCUGUCUCCCUGUCUGGACUUGGGACCACGGCACAGUUGAACAAUAGCGCCAAUCGGUCGAAUCUGCUCAAGCUGGCUCUGCAGAAUACGAAUGAUAAUAAGGUCAAUUCGAUAAAUGUUAGUUCAUCCCCUGCCAAGGGUACACUAUCGCAUCGCAACGUAGAUGAAAACGGUGACCAACGCCAACCAUCGCUUUACGACCAACCAGCACCGAAGAAGCUACAUCUGGGAAUGUUUGAAAUAGGGAAACCCUUGGGUAAGGGUAAAUUUGGUCGUGUCUAUCUAGCUAAGGAACGAUCAUCCGGUUUUGUGUGCGCUCUUAAGGUCUUGCACAAGUCUGAAUUGCAACAGGGUGGGGUGCAAAAGCAGGUCCGAAGGGAGAUUGAAAUCCAGAGCAACUUGCGCCACCCGAAUGUUUUAAGACUCUAUGGCCACUUCCAAGACAGCAAGCGAAUUUUUCUGAUCCUUGAAUUUGCCGGCCGGGGAGAGCUGUAUAAACACCUGAGAAAAGAACAUCGAUUUCCGGAGUGGAAGGCUGCCCAGUAUAUUGCCCAGAUGGCUGCUGCUUUGAAAUAUCUGCAUAAGAAACAUGUCAUGCACCGUGACAUAAAACCAGAGAAUAUCCUCGUCGGGAUCCAUGGUGAAAUCAAGAUCAGUGACUUUGGGUGGAGUGUCCACGCACCCAACAACAGGAGGCAGACAAUGUGCGGAACGCUUGAUUAUCUGCCACCCGAGAUGCUCAAGCCAGGCUCGCAGGACAAUUACUACAGUGAAAAAGUUGAUUUGUGGAGCUUAGGUGUGCUGACUUACGAAUUUUUGGUCGGAGAAGCUCCAUUUGAGGAUACUCCUGUCAUGACACAAAGACGGAUUGCACGAGCAGACAUGACAGUUCCUUCCUUUGUGAGCCCCGAGGCAAAAGACUUGAUCAAAAGAUUACUUGUUCUUGAUCCUGAGAAGCGUAUUUCUCUAGAUGAAAUCCAAAAACACCCUUGGAUACUUAAGCACUGUCUAAAAGACGACCGAGUUACGAAAAGAAGUUCUGGCUCCUCAAAGGAAGGUAAAGUAUGA